AUGGAGGACUCGGACGCGGCCGCCAAGCAGCUGGGCCUGGCCGAGGCGGCGGCGGUGGCGGCCGCGGCCGCUGUGGCGGCGGCGGCCGCGGCCGCGGCGGGGAGCGAGGCGGACGAGCCGGUGCUCCGCAGGGACGAGGACUCGGAGGAGGACGGGGACGCGCAGGCGGAGCGCGAGACGCGGCGGGUGACGGCCGUGGCGGUGAUGGCCGCCGAGCCCCGGCACAUGGACAUGGGCGCCGAGGCCCUGCCCGGCCCCGACGAGGCUGCUGCGGCCGCCGCCUUCGCAGAGGUGACCACCGUGACGGUGGCCAAUGUGGGCGCCUCGGCGGACAACGUCUUCACCACCUCAGUGGCCAACGCCGCCUCGCUCUCCGGCCACGUGCUGUCCGGCAGGACCGCCCUGCAGAUCGGUGACAGCCUGAACCCCGAAAAGGCCACGCUGAUCGUGGUGCACACGGACGGGAGCAUCGUGGAGACUGCGGGGCUGAAGGGGCCGGCCGCCCCGCUCACCCCAGGUCCGCAGUCGCCUCCCACGCCCCUGGCGCCCGGGCAGGAGAAGGGGGGCAGCAAGUACAACUGGGACCCGUCGGUGUACGACAGCGAGCUGCCUGUGCGCUGCCGUAACAUCAGCGGCACGCUCUACAAGAACCGGCUGGGCUCAGGCGGCCGGGGCCGGUGCAUCAAGCAGGGGGAGAACUGGUACAGCCCCACGGAGUUCGAGGCCAUGGCCGGGAGGGCCAGCAGCAAGGACUGGAAGCGGAGCAUCCGCUACGCAGGCCGGCCGCUGCAGUGCCUGAUCCAGGACGGGAUCCUGAACCCCCACGCGGCCUCCUGCACCUGCGCCGCCUGCUGCGACGACAUGACCUUGAGCGGCCCCGUCCGGCUCUUCGUCCCCUACAAGCGGCGCAAGAAGGAGAACGAGCUGCCCGCCGCCCCGGGCAAGAAGGAGGCCCCCAAGAACAUCACGCUGCUCCCCGCCACGGCCGCCACCGCCUUCACUGUGACCCCCUCAGGACAGAUCACUACCUCUGGCGCGCUGACCUUCGACCGGGCGUCCACUGUGGAGGCCACGGCCGUCAUCUCCGAGAGCCCGGCCCAGGGGGACGUGUUCGCGGGAGCCACAGUGCAAGAGGCCAGCGUGCAGCCCCCGUGCCGGGUGGGCCAUGCGGAGCCCCACUACCCCGGCUACCAGGACAGCUGCCAGGUGGCACCCUUCCCGGAAGCCGCGUUGCCGACCGCGCACCCCAAAAUAGUGCUGACCUCCCUGCCGGCCCUGGCCGUGCCGCCCUCCCACCCCGCCAAGGCCGUCUCGCCCGCCAUGGUCAACGGGCUGGAGCUGUCGGAGCCGCGGAGCUGGCUGUACCUGGAGGAGAUGGUCAACUCCCUGCUCAGCACGGCCCAGCAGCUGAAGGCGCUGUUUGAGCAAGCCAAGCAGGCCAGCUCCUACCGCGAGGCCGCGGCCGCCCAGGCCCGGGCGCAGGACGCCGAGCGCAAGGAGCAGUCCUGUGUCAACUGCGGCCGGGAGGCCCUGAGCGAGUGCACCGGCUGCCACAAGGUCAACUACUGCUCCACCUUCUGCCAGCGCAAGGACUGGAAGGACCACCAGCACAUGUGCGGGCAGGCGGCGUCAGUCACCGUGCAGGGGGACGACGUGCAGGUCGCCGAGGGCGUGAUGGAGAAGGUCGCCGUGUGA